AUGGUAUUCGUCCGCGAUAUGAACAUCGUCGAGGAAAUCUACAAGGGGACGGCAGAGGCGUGCCCGAAACUGGACGGCAAAACGAGCAAAAUUAUCUUUCGAAAUGUGGAUGAGAUUGUGGCCUUUCACACGGCUUUCCUUGUGCAACUCAAGGAUGCCGUUGCUGCUGUUUACGUCCCUCAAGGUCGACGAUCUUCUGCACCAAAGGAGGCCUCUAUCAAGUCCAAUUCGACUGGAUCGAAUUCUGGUGCACAGAGCCAGACGGAGUCAGACGACGCCAAGGAUCGCACGACGACGCUGGGUCCGCUGUUCCAGUUGAACGCCGAGAAAAUGAAGAUUGCACACGAGGGGUUUCUCCGAAACAGCGAUCUCGCCGCCAAAAGCCUUAUCCGGAUUCAGCAAGACCCCACUGUCCAGGUGUGGUUGAAUGAAUGCCACGAGGUUGCCAAGGAUUUGACUGCGGCAUGGGAUUUGGACUCACUCCUCAUCAAACCUAUGCAGCGACUCACCAAGUACCCGAAUUUGAUCCUCACAAUUUUGCAGCACACACCGCCAGACCACCCAGACCGACCUGCUCUUGUUGCUGCCAAGGAUACGCUGGAAGUUGCCAUCAUCGAGAUCAACAAGACGAAAAAGAACUUUGAGCUCGUGGGCCAGAUCGUUGGGCGAAAGCGUAAAGAAUCAGACGUCAAAGCUGGUUUCGCCCGCGCAUUCGGCAAACGCGUUGACCGCCUCCAGGCGACAAGCACGCGCAUCCCUGAGGACCCUGAGUACGCGAAACUGCACGAGAAAUUUGGUGACGACUAUCUCCGGCUCCAAGUUGUCCUUCGGGAUGUAGAAUUCUACACCCGUCAAGUAACGAGUUAUGUCCACGAAUUUCUCCAAUACCUUUCGUCGAUGGAGCUUGUCAUGAGACUUCAGCCAGGCAGCUACCCAGAGAUUGAAAGCAAAUGGGUACAGUUCAAUGUAUCCAUGAGAGACAUAGAGAAGGUUGCGUUAGAUCAGCAUCUUGCCCAAGUUCGGAAGCAAGUCAUUGAGCCCUUUGAACUCGUCAUCAAGGCGUACGGAAACCCGUCCUUGGCCAUGAAGAAGAGGGAGAAACGCCGGUUGGACUUUGAACGAGCUGAACAGAUCAGAAAGGGUGGCAAAACACUGGAUCCGAAGCUGAAAGAACUUGUCGAGCAGUACGAUGCGCUGAACGAUACGCUGAUCAAAGAGCUGCCCCAGUUGUCCGCCCUUACGGAGAAGGUUGGAAAGAUCUGUCUGGAGAAUCUCGUCAACAUACAGGCCAAGUGGUAUUCGAUCUGGAAGGACAAAGUUAAAGUUGUCCUUGCAGACACUUCGUCGCUGCCAGAGAUGCCCGAUGUCGUCUCGAUAUUUCAACAUGACUUCAAGUUUGCGCAAGAACAGCUCGACACCAUUGGCAUUCUUCAUCCCGAGUACAAGGGUAGAGCAUCUCAGUCGACCAUUACGACGAGGGCCAGCACCGAGGACGGAACGCUAAGGAACAGACCCCGCCCCGCGGAGCUCACUCCGCGGAAUCGCGGUCGCUCAAUGAAUAGUGAACAGAUCCCGGCCUUGCCCACACCGGAGUUCAAGCGCAAUAGCGGGCAGUUCACCCUCUCCCCUACGAGCACAGUCCCGAGCCCUCACCAAUACUACUAUCGCGAUUAUUACACCAAUGCCAAUGCCACCGCCACCGCCACCGCCAGCGGCAGCGGCAGCGGCAGCGGGCAGCGACCAUCCGUACCGCCGUCGCCCCGGACCGAAGAUUCGUCGCCAAGCUUGCGCGCUGCGGGCGGUUAUCCUCUGGCAAGACCCAGUACUGGGAGGAGCUAUGACUCUGGUGGCUUGCCAGGGAAAGUUCCGACUCGAGCCUGCAUAACAGGCGGGACUCGAACUCGACUUAUAAUUCUGGUUACCCUGCCACAGAACCCAAGCGUUACUCGGGGUUAUUCCACUCGGCACUACCAUUGCCAGACAGUGCCGAAGAGAGCCAGAGGUCGUCCCGAGCGUCCUCAAGAGAACGCCUCCCCGAAAGCAGCAGUUACAAUGUGCUAUGGCUUGCUGCGUCACUGUUUGAGUUCAAUAUUGAGACGACAAAGAACGAAGCCGGGUAUCCUUACCUCACAUAUCAGGCAGGCGAGAUCUUUGAUGUGAUUGCCGAAAAGGGUGAAUUAUGGCUCGCUAAAAACCAGGACGAUCCGAGAGAACAAGUGGGUUGGAUAUGGUCCAAGCACUUUGCCAGGCUGGCCGACUCGUAGCCACGAGUCCAGCUCGGGUAUUUGCAUCUUCAGACACACAAACUCGCAUAUGGCCUCGGAAUCUAGCGCCGGUCUACAUUGCGCAUAUGAAUCGCCUGCACUCACGAUUGCUCGCAUAUCUGCAUACCGAUAGCAUAGUUUGCGAGCGUUGCCAAGUACAUAGAUCACCAAGAAGGGAGGAAGCAGAGGCGGGUUCGCAAAGACCGGCGUUUUGCUCUUCAUGAUUCUUACUGUACUAUUCGUCACGACAAAAGGGGUUCCUGGCCACGAACAACCAAUAUUCUGCUUCUUUUUGCUUCUUUGUACAGAAAUUUACCCUUCAGCGAUGGGUAGGGAAGGGUGUGG